AUGGCAUGUGUGGACAUUUUGAAACACGAGUUCUUUGUGGACAUGACCUGCGAAGGUUGCUCCAAUGCGGUCACCCGCGUCCUGCACAGGCUGGGAGGUGUCCAGUUUGAUAUUGACCUGCCCAACAAGAAGGUGUGCAUCGACUCGGAGCACAACGUUGACACCCUCUUGGAAACCCUAAAGAAGACUGGAAAGAACGCUUCCUACCUUGGGGAGAAGUCUGCGCAGUAGCCUUGCCUGGUGCGAGGAGGCUAGGAACCCAAACAUGACUUCAGCAAAAAGGUGGCUUAACUGUUUGCAUAUCUCCCAACUUGCUCUGUCAUUUGACCUUUACUACCCUGCCAGAUGUCGGAAGGCAGAGGGCUGGCAGGAGGAGACAGCUGCGUCUUGGGCUUUAAAAGCAGAGAAAUCUAGAGAAGGAAGUUAUAUGCUGUUUCUAGUCCCACAGUAAAUCGAGGUGCUGCUUCUAUC